GAACUGGGGACUUAACUAAUUCAGGCUGCUUCCAUUCAAGUGUUCCAGACGGCACAUACACAUCCAAACAGAUUUCUCUUUGCUCUUUGGAGCUUAGAAGAAACAGACAUCUAAAACUGCACUCUGAAGCUAUACUCCAGAGAUGUUCCUGAACAAGUUGCCUGUUGGUGCAAGCUUCAAAAGGGAUACUUAAAUGGCCAACCCCAUUCGUACUGUGAGCCAAAAAAGGAAAAAAAAUCUGUGAAAGAAUCUUAAGAGCCAAAUUUCCUAAACCUAGAUCUACUGCUGUCAGCAUCUCUGAGACCUCCUCCAUCUAAGAAUUACCAGGUCUGACAACACUUUCACUACAACCUACAGUGAGGAAUGUCAACAAAGCUAUAGAAAACUCCUGUCCUUCUAGACUUACAACCCUCAAGCUGUGCACCUGAGCAGGAACUUUACCAUCCUUAGGGAAUAUUCAGAAAGACAGACAAGACUCAGAAAUGCUGAGUCAGAAAUUUACAAAAUCCUUUAAAAGUUCUCCUUACAGAAGAACCUAAUUAAAUCCACAUAGUUAGUCCACACAUCUAGAUGAGCUAUAGAUAAAAGGAAGCCUUUCUCCCUCUUUGAACAUAGAGUAAAAGUCUGAUAUAAUACUCUAAGUGAUUUUUGUCCCCAUACCAGUAUUAUAAAGCAGCUUUACCAUAUUUAUAUUAAUCAGUAUAAGAGUAGGAGUGUGAUAAAAUUUUAUUUACAUGUAUUUUUUUAAUUAAGAAAUUCUGAUCAAAUCUACUUGGGAGGAAGGUGUUUGCUGUGCUGGAAGACAGACAGGGUGUGACAAUUGCCAAAUUAGAACAUCAUUUUUUUUUUUUUUUUGCUUGUGCAGUACUCAUUCCUGUCUGAGAGUGAUUGGUUUUUAUAAGAUUGGUAGAACACCCCCACUAUAUUCAGAGACAGUCUAAGUGACUGUGGAAUGCCUCGAGGGCAAUAGAAAUAAAAUAGAAACAGGUAUCAGCUCAAGACUUGAGGGAUGACGGAGGUGCACUUUAAGUACCAUGGAAAUCUCACUGGACGAGCCCAUUUCCCCACUCUGGCAACAGAGGUUGACACCACUUCCGACAGGUAUUCCAACCUGUACAUGUAUGUGGGCUUAUUCUUGAGCCUCCUGGCCAUUCUCCUCAUCCUGCUCUUUACCAUGCUCCUUCGGCUCAAACAUGUCAUCUCACCCAUCACCUCUGAGAGCACAGAAAGUGUUCCUCAAUUCACAGAUGUAGAGAUGCAGAGUCGAAUCCCCACUCCUUAAAGCCAGGAUGAAGAUGAGCUUUAACAGAUCUCAGUGAACCCUUGUACGUUGAUGUCCAGGAAAGCUUGCUUUCUUACAUGAAACUUCUCAUGCAACAACAAGUCGUUCAUGUUUUCUUUGUGUUGUUCUUCAUUUUGACUCUGCUUGUGGAAUAUCUAAGAGGUUUAAGACUCACUCUUUGAAAGGAAUAUAGAAAAUGGCAGCUGGAUGGGAGGGCAGGUUUCCAUAGUAACUAAAGAGAGCCUGGGCCUUGAAGAAAUUUCAGACCACAGAAAUUCGUAAGCAACUGUCAUUAAAAACACAAAAUCCCUGGAAGCUCCAAGAGCAAACAAGGAGAAUUUGUCCUUGAAAGGUACGAAUGUUCCAAGAGGGUACCCCAAGAAAAGGACAAGUUUUAAUUGAUCACUUCAGCCAUAAAGAAUCACCUGUGCUGACAUAAGGCUAAAUCAUGUCAGAGUUUAAUGGAAGAGACCACUAACCUUUUUCCAAAAGAACAGUGAUUUGAUGAUCCUUAGCCCAUCAGGUUUGUCCCAAAUGAAAGAAAAGAUUCAAAGAAACUGUUUCAAUUUAAAGAGCAAGUUUGCAGGAAGAAGUUUCUAGUAAAUGAACUCACUUAGGGAGAGAAAAAAUGUGCAUACUAUAUCUGUGUUAUUAUUAUUACUGGACUUUUAAAAAUUCAAAUAAUGGCAGAUGUAUUACUAAAAUCUGGAAUGAUGAGCUGCCCCCAAAUCAAGGGAAAAAUAAUUCAAAAUGUUCUCAUGAUAAGGAACUCUAUAUUAAACGUGCAGCUUCUUUGUCUUUUUCUCCCUUCCUGUCACACUCUAGGAUUGAGUUACACACAAAUAUGAACUUUGUUUAAAGGUGGCCUUGGCAAAGAAAAUUCAACUGUACUUUAAAGCAUAAAUGAAAUAAUCUUGGUAUUCUGUUAUUGAGUAAUUGGAGCUUUGGACAAAUUAUUUCAGCUUUCUGAGUUCCAGGUUUUUCUUGCUAAAAAAUUAUCAGAGAGCUAUUUAGUCAUCACUAGACUCUUCAAUCUGAAUAUACGAAAAACAGAGAGACAAAAGACUAAACAGUUCUCUCCAACAAAUCCUUGUUGAAGUCAGUGUCCUCAAAUGUUACUUUUGUCUUUCCCAGAAAAUGCUCCUCUCUUCCUGAUCCCUGCCAAAAGAUGAAGUGUUUCACUUAUUACCUACAGGAGAAAUAUAGUUUGAAAAAUUCCAUUCUCAUAAGUAGCCUUCGUAUGCCAGUAGUAGAGAAUUUGAUUUUUUAAAAUUAACUUUCCAAAGGAAAACCAAAGGAGAUGAGUACUGUUUACAAAUUAGAAAUUAGAAAAUCAGUCAUAUUCCUGCCACCAAAGGACUAGUACACCUGUGCUAGAUUCUACCAGCUCAAAAAAGAAAAAAAAUUGGUCCUCCCUUGCACCUAAAAAGCAGUGAUCAAAUUUCACAGGGUGUUCCCUUGGGAACUGGUGGUAAGAGAGAAAGGGAAUGGAUGUGAAGUUAAUGCCACCCCCACUAGACAUGUAGCUCUCUAUAGUCUGUAACCAAUUUAGAUUGGCCCCUUUACUCUGAUCUAAAUCUAGCUUGGUGGUGUAAUUCCCAAGUGCUUUCCACUUUUAUACACAGUCAUUUGCCAAUGCUCUCCUCUCCAAGGGGCUGCAAAGUGUGAAAUCCCCACGUGCAGAGCUAAACUUAGCUGCAAGGCUGACUACCACACCUGUUACAACUGUGUACCAUCAAGAAAUGGCGGGUGCAUUCUGCACCAUACAGAACAAAUUAGCAGGUAGGCUAAGACUCAGUUUGGGCGUACUUUUCGCUUUAUAUUUUCCAAAACGCAAAGCAACUCUUAUUACAUCUCGGUGGUUUAAGUUGUGCCUUUAUUCAAUACCCAGACUCAAUGGACAAUUUAACAUUUUAACUCUCAGCAGCCAUUCAUGAACUUCGAAGACUGGCAACACACUCCAGAGCUUCUUAAGGACAUUGUCUUCCUUCACUCCAGUAUUUGAAUGCACUUUACAGUUGAGAAGUCAGUGGCUGGAUAAAUGAAGGAACAGAUUGUACUUUCAGCAGCAGUGAAAGAUACUCAAUGCCUUGUUGCUGAAUGUGAUGAAAACACAGACUGUAAAUCUAUUUCCUGUUCAAUCCAAAUUUCAGGAGAUUAAAACUGCUUUUUAAUCACUGACUUGAUGAUGAUUCCUAAUUUAUGAUCAGGUUUCUCACCUGGAAAACAACCACCCUCUUUCAUCACAACUACCCCGUGGGAUCCAGAUCUUCACUGAGCAUUAACCAAAACACAUAGCAUGGCUUAUCCUAAAAUAGCAAUGUAACCCCCACAAUUUCCAGUGAUAACAUAAAUGAAAAUGCAUUUAAGCGGAUGUGUCAUUAUCACGACUUAUGUGGUAUUUAAUCUUUAGGAAAAUAAACUGAAUGUUUUCAUGAUAGUAAAUUUACCUUAAAGAAAAAAAGCUCCCAUUUAUAUUAACUAAUAUUAUAUCCCCAAAGGUAUUAAUUAACAUAUAUUACUGCUGAAAGAAUCAGCUAGAAUAACCAGUAGACACAAUUUGAAUUUAUUCUUCUAUCCAAAAUGUUGACUUGGCAAUUCCCUGCCUACCCCAUUGUCCCAAGACUGCAUGUUAACUGGUAUAUAAAAAGGUAGGUUAUUUACAAGUAGAUGUACUGUUUUAAAAUAAAAAGAAAUGUUCUUCACUUUUUAUUAUAUUGAACCAUAUGAAAUUGAUAUUUUUGUAGAUAAAAAGUAUCCAAACAUCAGCAAUUUCAUAUAAUUCAACCUAAUACAAAGACUCACCACAUGAAUUCUUUAAACAAUAAACUCUCAAUAUGUCUUAACAUAAUUCCAUUUCUAAAAAUUUACAUUGCAUAUAUUUCAGAAUCAUGGGCUAUGUAAAACAAGGUAUAUUAUAAAAGGUUUAUGUAUUAUGUAUUAGCAAAUGUUAAGAUAAUCAAGUAAAGAUGGAUUCAUCCAGCCUAACCUUUCCAUUAAUGCCAAAUCUGAAGCUUUAGACUCAUAAUUGAGUUUGACCACUACAGAUCUCACCAUACUUACUGAGUAGGUAUAGGGGUUCAUUUAAUGCAUUUAAAUGAUUAUAUUUAGUAAGAAGUUUUAUUCACUUGCAUUUGUACAGAAGAACUUUUUAACAAGAUGAAGUAUUGUAUGAAAGAAAAAUUUAG